AAGUAGAAGUUGAUGACAUCCGGUCAUGAGUCUAUCUUUCCUAGUCAGAAUAACAACAGGGUGGAGAAUGAGUUCAUCUGAGACGAGAUGAGUGUGAGCAGUAACACGGGCUCGCGUGUCGUGUGUGAGAGAGGUCAAUGAAGAGGACUCUUAUGGCGGGACUGUCGCAGUUGGUGCUGCGUGUGUCCGGAUCGUAUGGGGUGUUUUCUAAAGGGCUCAGCAGAACUCUGCUCAUCUUCUUUGAUCUCGCCUGGAGACUCAGAAUCAGAUUCCCUUAUCUCUAUGUUAUUGCCUCCAUGAUGUUUAACGUGCGACUGCAGGUUCACAUUGAGAUACACUGAUCGACACUUUGAUAUCUCACCUUGUUGAACCCAAGCCCGGCGAUGGCUCUCGAUGACUCCACCGAUGAAGCUCGUGAGUUCUCCACAGCUCGGAGACAUUCAGACAGAAACGUGCUGACUGUUCUUUGGACAUCGGCUUCAUCGGAGGAGAAGACUAGGAGCGUCCGAUGAGGCGUCUCUCGCAGUUUCGUGCCGUUUUUGUUAUUUUAGAAAGGUAAAUACCUCAAGAUCAAGCCGUCGGACGGUACGGGACCCUCGAAAUACACAUUCGGCAUGAGUCGCUGUGCUCCGGUGUAUUUAUAACACAGAGGGGGAUGCAUGAUAAAAACAGUGUUGUUUUUUCCACACAUUUUUGUUUUGCAUAUCAAGAGAAGUUCAGAUGAAUAAAUCGUUUUUUUGGGCUUGUUUAGUCACUGCAUGAAAGCUCACCGUGGGACAGACUAAAACAGUGGCUGCUGUUACUGAAAACUACAGGGAUUUGUAUAUAAAUAUAUAGAAAUGAAUUUAUUUCGUUUUUUUGUUAUGCGAUCUGCGCAUUUUGGGAGGAUUGUGAAUGUACUGUGAUUUAAACUUUGACAAUAAAUUAUGAAGAGAUUUUUUUUUCUUCUGCCUUGCCCUGUGACUGAAAUGAUGCUUUUUAAAUUAUUAAACUAUCGCUCCAAAUUUAAUAAAAGUUUCUAUCAGUUACCACAGAAAGUAGGUGGUUUUUGUGCACAAUAUAAUACGCUUUGCCUGAUGAAAAAUGUUAUUGCAUUUGGAAAAAAAAAAAAAUUGAGAAAGAAAAGUGACUGUAGUUUAUUUUUUACACGCUAGAUGGCACUGGAUCUCAAUUGCCCUUUUUUGACCAUUUUAAUAUUUGGUUAGUUGGCAAAUAAAAUUCAUAAUUCGAUAAAUUCAGCAAGCUUUGCAAGCAAGUUUUUCACUGGACUGGAAAAAAAAAAAAAACUGGAUAGAUUAAAUUGCUUUGGAAUUGGCUUGAAGUAAUAGCAAAUAAUAUAUUUUAAAUUGAUAAUAUUUCAUUUUAUUUAGAACCAAAGAUUGAUUUUUUUUUCUUAUUCGCACAAAUUAUUAUCAUCGUUAUUAUUUAAUAUAUUUAUUUGACUGUACCUUUAAAAACUAUUUUGCUCUUACAGCGGAGAUGGUCUCAAAUCGACAUAUUAAAAAAAAAAAUCAUAUUAUUUAAUACCCUAAUGCUAUCGUUUCUACAAUGGCGUCAGUACCAAAAAAAAAUGUAUGUUCUAAAUAUAAUAUAAAUGAGAUGCAUUAAACCUGUUUGCCUUUCCUCUUCUUUAAUAAAAUGCUUUACAGUGUUCA